UCAACUUGGGUGAGAGCUGUUGAAGUUUGGCUGUCUGUAUAAACCUGCUUCCUGUAGGACUCGUGUAUAGUUACACGAGUCUCUCAGGAGAAAUAAAACUGCUGGAGGGAGGGUGCAAAUGAUGGGGUCAUGACCCCAGAAAAUGAUACAUGCAGAUAAUAAUAAUGCAUAAAUAAAUAGGUAAUUGUGACUUUUUAUCUCACAGUUCUGACUUUUUUGAGUUUGUGUCAGUAAUGUGGAGUGAGAGAUCGCUGUAGUGCCUCAGUUCAAGAGAAGCGGCAGCGCGAAGCACGCGUGAAUGAUCAUCUCCUCAGCUUUAAUAUUAGUUAUAGCACAAAAUAAACAUCAAUAAACAUCAUGUAUGUUAAAAGAAAGGGUACAACUUACCGAAAUCCGUAUCUUGUCUCAAUCAGUGUUUCAACUGCAGAAAGAUGUCAAUAUAACAGCUUGUAGCCUAAACAUCACAUAAGGUCACAUUUAUCUCAGAAAAAAAUAUAUAUUAGGUGACAAUGAACUCAUUAGUCAGCUAGAAAAAUCAUUAAAUAUAUGCACCAUAUAACAUAUUCAUUAUACUCUAUAAUUAAUAAUCUUUAUGUUUGAAUAAAUCUGUCAAGUUUUUAUGACAGCCACCAUUUAAAUUUAUAUAAAAAAUAAACAAACAAAAAAAAACAAUUGGAGUGGAAAUAUAAUUAUGUAAUUAUAACUUGUGUAAUUUCUUUGUAUGCAAAUCAGUUCAUUUUAACCCAGAACAUUACAAUGUAGCACCAGCCGAGUCCCAUGCAUAUUUUACAGCAUUAGUUGAGAGAUUUUUUUCCUUGAGAAAAUUUGUCAUGUAUUGUACCUGAUAUAUAUCCAAAAUAAUCGAUAUCGAAUCGAAUCGAGAUCAGAAUCGAAUCGCAGGCUUGUGAAUAGAAAUUUGUGUCAAUACCCAGCCCUACUAUUAACUAGUACUUUUGCCUCAAUAAACUCUUAAUUUGCUGCCUAUUAAUAGUUAGUAAGAUAAUUGUUAAGUUUAGUUAUGGAGAAUCUAAUUAUGGUCAUGCAGAAUGAGCCUUUAAUAUGUGCUUUAUAAACAGCCAAUAUGCUAGUAAUAUGCAUGCUUGUUAAUAGUGAGAAUCAGUCCUUAAAAUAAAGUGUUACCGUACAUUUUGCUUUUCUAACGGAAAGAUGGCAUGUUCUUUAGUACCAGAAUCUUUUCUUACUUUUCACACGUGAGCCGGUUGCUCUUCUAUGUCGAUAUUACUCUAGCAGGCUCACAGCUUCUGUGCAAGCAAUCUCUAUUCAUGUGCUAAAUCUAAUAACCCAGAAUAUGAUUACUUCAUUUCUGGGGUUGAUAGAGAAAGCAAUUGUCACGGUGUGGUGCAGGAGUGAAUGCACGAAACAGAAGAAUAACGAUAAACAGUCUUUAAUAAUCCACAUAAGGGUAAUCCAUCAUAGGCAGGCAGCAAACACACGUAUACAUAUACGAGACUGAUAUGGGGAAUGCAAAUGAGGAUAACGACUAGACACACCUGAACAUCAUGACACAAUCAAACAUGAGGAAAAAGUAGGUCACACAGAGCACAUGGGGAAUGAAAACACAACAAAACGUCCACGGGUGUGACAGCAAUAUAGCUGCUAACUACAUUUUGCAAUAAUUUGCAAUUAUUUGCUGAGGGUUUGUUUGGAUUUUCCAAGAGUCUGACCACAAAAAGAGCACGUUUGAACAAGCACGACCUUGUUACAGUCCAUUUAUCACCCAUCUUCAUCAGUCAUCGUUUACAUAAAACGUAAUUAAACCCGGAUCAUGUCACAUAAACGACAUGCUAGAUCCGGCUUUAUUGCGAUCAAAUAGUCCUCUGGUUUGAUAUUCAUUUUUAAAAGUAGCCUACAGAUGUUCCAUGUAGUCUCAAAAUAAAUAUGAUUUGAUUAAAAGUAUAGUAAUUACACGAGAAUUAGAAAUGUUAGUUGAUAGAUAAUAAUGCAUAGGCUAUAUGUCACACUACAGAACAUUUCUGUCAAUUCUUGACAUUUCUGUUAUAUAUCAGUGCUACGCAUAUAUCAUUAUACAGUCUGGCAUGAUUUAUGGUACCAGUUAUUAAUAUUUUAUGACUGACUAUGAUAAAAUUAUGUUUUAGAACAAAAAGAGAGAGAUACAAACACACUCAUAUACUCAGUUGCCCUUCAUAUGCAUUCUCUGUAUGUCUUGUGAAUGCACCAGUUGUUGUAUUUUUCAUCUUCUCCAUUAUUAAUAAUUAACAGAACAUUAAAUAAGAACAUGUGUACAAACUCACUGUGAGUUUCAGAAUCUGGAAUCUGAACCUGAUGUUUUCUGCCCAGAAUAGAUACAAAUGGAAUCUAGGAAUCUGGAGUUCAAAUUCAUUAGGUUAGUGAGUGAGUCCGAGCACUGGUGCAAAAUGCCUUUCAGAGCGCUUUGCUCUCGCUGGCUGGGCUUACAGCAGAGAGUAGAUCUUGACGUUGUCAAUGUACACAUGCAAAUUUUAAAUGGAAACAAAGGAUAAGAGUAAUGUGGAAAGAUGGCUGGGUGUUGCCAGCAUUUCAUUUAUGAACCCUGUGGAAAGAUGGAUGGGUGUUGCCAGCAUUUCAUUUAUGAACCCUGUACUGAUAUAUAAAAUAAUAGUUUACAUAAAAUUACACCAAAAAAAGGAUGCAAUUUUGUGCAGUUGCUGAUAUUUGUAUGGCCAAAAAGUAAGAUUUUUCUUAGCUUGUAAUAUAAAUCAAUGAAUAUAUUAGUUGUAAGUGUUAUAAAUAACAGUUGUUGCUCUAUAUCUACCAAUAAUACGUUUUAGUUAGAUUAUAUUUAAAUUAGUUUUAUGAGCAAAGAUCUUAGAUUUUAUUGUGGAAGCAAAACAGUGCAAUGCAGUACGAUAAGAUUGCGUUAACGUUGCUCAAAAACCUGUUGUAUCAUAUCUGAAGCUCACAUUUUGAUGAUUUAUCUGAAAAUUAUGUAUGGAGACUCAAAUAAGUUUUUUAGUCUAGUAAGUGUUAAUCUUGUAACUAGCAAUAUAACAUUUAUUCUCAUGUUUACUUAGUAAAGAUUUCACAACAAAAUUACACACGUAUGACCUGAAGGUGGAUAUUUUUACAAUUAUAAGGAAUUUUACUUGCAGCAAACUUUUCAUCAUGUUGAUCCUUUAUAGAGGCCUUACAAAUGUUCCUAUCAAAUAUGAUGCAGUAGACUUUAUAGGGUUAAAACUUUACCUUUGGUAUAUUGUACAUUUUAUUUAAUUAAAUGAAGUAGUUUGGAAAAUGAAUAGAUGGAUGGAUGCGACAAUGAAUAAUCUUCCACCCCAAAACUGUGCAAAACCGCCAAAUGCUAUUAAUCUCCCCAAGUCUGACUAAAUCUAUUUCACAAUGCAAUAGAAUCUUGUAAGAGUUCAUAAUUCAAGCGCAGGAAUUCAAUACAAGGGGGCCAUGGCCCAUGGAAGCAGCCGCCACCCUUCAGAAUUAUGUAAGCACACUCCAACUGAUGACUCAUCACUCGCUGGAAACACUGAGCAGCAGAAUUUCGAAGGUCCGUUCUAACUCAAAACCAGCUCUGAAGUGCUGCUCUUAAACCGGCCGAGGACGCUUGAGGGUGAGGUCUAUGAGGUUUUAAUAUUUACAUAUCAGACAGUCUACUAUAUAAAGAGUGACAGAUAUUAUCUAUAUAGAGAUAAACAGAAGAUUUCAUACAGUCAGUCCUCCUAAAAGCUGCUGUAUGUGUGAGUUGGUGUGACUCAAAGGGGCAUGGACACUCUUGGCAAAAGUUCAGGAAACACUGAGUUGCUCCUGUUAAAAAUGCUCAGAAUAAGUCCUAGCAGGGGUAACACGCUCUCCUAAGAUCCGGGACCACUGCCAGGACACUCCCCAGAACCGAGGAAUGGAAACUGAAACACGGUCUUUCAGAAAAAACAGGAGGGAGGCGACUUUUGGUUUUUCCCACUAACGGCGAGGAUAACCUCUAGCUGAUGUCACGUUGCAGCAAUCCAUGUGUUUGGAGAGCUGAGGAACUGAACGGCAGGUCCCAUCACAGGAGCAGAGCCACUCCCCUUUCCUGAGCUGAGCUUGGAGGGGAAACCCAGGCUUUAAAAGUUUCAUUUCACUUAGAAGACAGUCUCUCGUCAGACUCGCACCCACCAGCUUGUUCUUCUCGGACAUCUCCAGCCUGCGUGCCUCAGGAUGACCAGCUCCAAAUCUUCUCAGACUACACGUAAUAUCGUGAUCGCCUGCCUGGCCCUGUGGUCCAUCAUUUCUCUUAUCAUUAUUGUGGUAUGGGCCACCUCGCCUGAGAUGAAAGGAGCCAGUCAGUGUCGGACGGAGAUGCAAGACCUCAGGGAGAGACACGAAGGGGCAAAAGUCGUGUGGACCAAAGACCGAAAAGCUCUUGAGGACCUGGUGAGACAGGGAUGGAGGAACCAGACCGCUUUGCAGAAGCAAAUCGACCAUUACAAGGAACAAAUACAGUCUCUGAACAUCUCUUUGAAUGACAGCCUGCAAGAAAUUGCUAUUCUGAAUGAAAACAUCACAGUUUUGGACAGCAAAGUUGAAAAAUACAAACUCAUCAAGGAGAACCUCACUGCUGAAAUCAGCCUGCAGACAGACCAGAUUGAAGCCCUGGAGCACAAUUUGACUCUGAAGGCCCAGGAGUUGGCAUCAUGUGAGGCUUUACACCUCGCUUCUAAACAGCUCCAAACUGCUGCAGAGAAGCAGAAACAGGCCUGCGAGACCACCAAGCAGUAUUUACAGAAGCAGCUCACGAAGUGCAAAGAAGUGGACCACCAUGAACAUGAACAUGAAUAUCACGUUGAUCCCAAUGACAGCGGAGCCCAAGGAAUCACCACAAGUAGUGUUACACUGGCUGUGAUCGUUUGCCUUAGCCUGCUUUUAGUACCAUAGACGAGAGGAAGGCUGGACAAUGGAGUAUUUGGGUACAUGUUUCGGUGCAACACUGGUCUGAGGACACUGCUCUGGUGCACUUGUAACCCUGGACUUGAAGCACAUGUAAAUUGUCAUUUGGAAGUGCUGAUGUAAAAUUUAUGAUCAUGUGUAGUAGAUGAAGGUAUUUGUGUUGCAAACAUUUUUGGCGGCACGGCUGAGAGCAUGGAGAAUUUAUUCACCUUCAACAAAUGUAUGCUGUACUUCAUUGGUGGUUACUUUUUUUUUUUCUUUAGACUUUUUUUAUUUGGAAAAAAUAUAUAGAUUUUAGGCUCUAGAUGUUUCAGAAUUGUAUUUAUUUUUUGGAGUAACCAGGCUAAUAUGCCAAUGAGAUAUUAAUGUUAAGAGCUAUUCAGACAUUUGAUCGCACUGUUUUACCACUGUCUGUCUGUUUCUUUUUUUUUUUUAAAGAAAUUCAUGAAAACCGUUUGAAAGCUAUUUUUGAAUAAAGUUAGAAUAGAA